UCAUUUAGAAGAAGAAAGUCUCGAUGAAGAAAGUCUUUUAGAAGAAGAUGAAAUAUCAUUUGAGAAUAAGCUUAUUGAGGAAAGAAAUACACAUAAAUUUUAUAGUGGUGAAUAUGGAUCAUAUUUUUCAAAUGCAACUAUAUUUAUAUUAUUUAUAUGA